UAUCAUUCAAUCAUAUUUUAGGCCAGAGAUAGUUGUUAUCGUCAAAAACUGGUGGAAUAAAAUCAAAAGCACCCCAAGGAAUCAGGACAGAAAUCUUAAUAAUAUUGCUAACUAGUGAUCAGUAUUACUUUGUGACAACCUUUUUGUGAUUGGUCAUGUAUUCAGUCUUAGUGUAUUAUGUUGUCAAAAUAUGAACUAAUAUUGAUUGUUAAUUUUAAAUUAUUAAAGUACCAUGUUUAGUAUUUCAUCAAUUUUUGAAAGUAUAAAUAAAACUUAGCUCAUGUGACCCAUCUACCAGUUCAAAAAUUUGGCAGGUUAUUGAAGGAAAAUGAUAAGUAUAAAAAUAUACUUACAUUCAAAAUAGAAUACAUUAUGAGAAAAGGCUAAUGCCGGACUUUGUUGAUAAUGGUAUGGUGGUGAUUGAUCUAAUUACAGAGAUUUCCCUGUAAGGUUGGUGCUCCUGGAUGUGAAAAGAUAGCACCAUAGUGAAAACAUGCUAAUAAUUAUUGUGAAGGUGUCAUGUAUUAGUGGGAUCACAAUCUGACGUCAUAUUUCAUAGAUGCUUGGAGGAUUAAGGAUUCCACAUCAUGUUGAGGUGAAUAUAUGUCAAUGUAUAGUUCAAAGGCUCACUACAAUGACAUGGAAAUCCAACUGAAAAGGGAUGGGCUUGUGGUAAAAAGUGAUUCAAGGUGGAAGACCAUGAUGACCACCCAGCAGUUUUUAUGAUAUCACUGAUUUCUGGAGAAACCUCUUUUGCAGCUGAUGUUGCUGCUCUUCUGGUAGAGCAGGACUGGAAGACUGACCUCAGUACCAAUACUAGCAUCUUGUAGCACUGACACUGUCAGUUUGGUUGACAUGAACUCACUACAGUACAUGAUAAAAAGUAGAUUACCCUUCCAUGAAGGGACUGAGUUUAUGAGAUAUAGGCCUCUAUUGUAGCCUUGCUGAAUAGAGGGGAGUAAUUGAUACAAGCCUACUAAGAGAAUACUAUCAAUGGGGACCCGAGCAUUGAGUUUCAUUGAACUCACAAAUCAGAAUCAACAUAUAUGCACGAGUCUCCCUAAAAGCAGGAACCUCAUAUCGAUGAGGUAAAGCUCUGCACAUCUAUAGGGCCAUGAGCCAAUAGAUCCCUGAGAGUAAGUGUACUGGAAUCAUUUCUUCAGAUAAUUAGUAUAAUACCACACUUAGAUCCUAAAUAUUGGUAAGCCUUGGAGCAGUAGGGAUUACAUACAACUAUUUGAAACCUGAGGGCGAAGCUAAGCCCUAGUGUUUCAGUCCGAACAGCUGUAAUACGUUCCAACAAAGAGAAUUUAAACUGACCGUCAACUAGUAAUGAUAGUGCAUAGUAUUGCAUACUAGUUUGUAUAGUUAUGCAUUGUGUUUAUGUGAGAACUAUUUUGGCUUCAGUUAUGAUAGUGACGAUGUGUUAUCAAAGACUGAUGUGUUAUCAGAGACAUGCUUGCUCACUAGCUUUUCUAAAACAAGUCUUGAUCAUCCGGCCUUGAAGUAAUCUUGUCACUAAGGGAUGCUUACCAACAGGAGAUCCAUCUAUAGGUGGAAUGAUAGCUGAAAGAGUGGAACAAUAGUAAUUCAGUGUGGAGUAUUAUAAGCCUUUUGAAAUUGAUUUCUUAGAAUUUCCAGAACAGUAAUUAUAGUAAGUGAUAUUCCCGCCACCUCCAGGGUAAUUGUUUGAUUUUUCUGUGUCUUGAUUGCCAUGUAUGACUCAUUACACUGAUGGUACACUGGCCCACACGUAGGCAUGGAAGUAAGAGUAAAGCAGUCAUCCUGUUUGUGUCUGUGUGUUCGCUUGAAGUCGGUUUUUGGCAGUUCUUUUGUAGCUAGAGCAAAAGAGCAACAGGACAGAUAAAAAAUAAAACAAAAACCCUGUCUUUCAAUAAUAUGAAAGGAACUGCUCCAAUCAUUUUCGUUUUUAAGAUAUGAUAGCUCAAACAUUCAUACCUUGUGAGUUUACAUGAGGCUCUCUUCUCCUGAAGUAGCGGCCAGAGUAUUUAAGCAUCAGGGACUCAAUAAAAGUUUAUAUGCAACAAAUAGAGCCUAAUUAAUGUAUGCUAAACUGUUUAAAAGUCGAGAAAAACUAAAGCUUUUUUCAUCACUUCACCCAUUACUGUGUGUGUGGGUGGAGUAGCAUAGCUUGACUGAGCCACACCUUCAUUCCAGCAACACCUUUACUUUGCAAGCAUGCAGCAGUGAGACACUAAAGGCCUUUCUACACUAGCACUUCUAAUGCGCAUUGAACUGAUUUGGAACUGGUUCCAGUCAUUCCACACCUGAUGCACAAUAUCUCAAACCACCUCCAUAUGUGGUUUGAAUGCGCAUUCAAUAGAUAGCCAAUGGUAGCUGGAUCAGAAAUGCUAUCAAAAUAUACAUGAUCCUGAAGAUAGUGUGGAAUCACUUGAUGCGCAUUGAUGAGCCGAAUUCUGGAACAGGUUCGUGUGUAAAAAGACCUUAAGUUUCAUUUAAUCAGUUAAAACUGUUAUACACUAAUUGUGGUAAGGGUAUGCACUUUAGUGCUCUUGUUGUGGCUAUAUGACACUAUGCCAUAGUAUAUUUAAUUGAUUCCAUUAUUAAGUGGCUCACCCAAGUCUACUGCAACAUUGUUUCUAUUUAUUUAUUUAAUUAGAAUCAUAAUUUAUUUUGUCUUUCUUACUUGUUGUAUCAAUUUUUUGUCAUUUCUGUAGAUUAGCGAUCAGUGUUUACUUAGGAUGGGCUUUUAUUCAGGCUUAUAUGGUAGUGUAGUCCUUAUUUUUGUGCCAUGAUUGCAAUGUGUGUGUUAAACUGUGACAAACCUGCUUCCCCUUGUUGUACACUACACUAAUGGACUGCCCCUUUCCUUUGUAUAUAAAUAUACUCCAGAUACUGGGAGACUACUUCCAUAAUAUUUGUGCAGUGACAAUUAAAGCUCAUUUAUUGAUAUUAUUGAGUAGAUACUCACUAUGUCAUUCAACUCUACAGACUUUGUUCUAACUGGAGAUAUCAACAGUCCUACUUAUGCAGCAGCUCUUGGUAUUGAAGGAGUCAUUGGUAUAAUAGCUAAUGUAGCAGUGUUAUUAAUGACACUGUAUCAAAGGAAAUCCUGGAACCAAUCAUCAACAAUAUUCUUCACUUCUCUCCUACUGUCUAACCUCAUUAUUGCUCUAUGGUUUUUGAUGUCUUCUAUUGCAGUAGGAGCUGAAGAAUGGAUAUUUGGAAACACUUUUGAAGAAAAGAAUGCAACUUGUUUAGUUGUUGCUUAUCUGAUUUGGAACUGUUCAAUCAUUACAAUGAUGACAUUAGCUGCUAUAUCUUUUGAUCGGUUUCUGUUUAUUGUCAAGCCUCAUCUUCACAAGCGGUUCAUGAGACCACGAGUAGCUCUGAUCCUGAUUAUUGGUGUGUGGUUGCUGUGUUCAUUGAUAAAUACCACACCAUUCUAUGGUUUUGGCGUGUAUGGAUAUUAUUCUCCUGGUGGAUUUUGCUCACCAUGUUAUGAAACCUCGAGCUCCUUUUAUCUCUUAUUUCUUGUUGUGGUAUAUUCAAUUAUUUAUUUUAUAAUUAUCUUCACAUCUGUUUGGACAUUUUGUUUCACUCGUAGGUUCAUGCAGGACCAGGCUGAAAUAGUUGGCAAUAAUGUAUAUCAAUCUAGAAGGAAGAGGCUGUUUGGUAUUUUUGGAUAUAUGCUUAUAUCCUAUCUUAUUGCUUUAUUGCCAUCAUAUAUUGAUGGUGCUAUUAGUAUGUUCUAUUACUUACCAGCAUGUGUCCGUCUUGGUUUUGUUGUUACUUAUGGGUCUUUUAUAAUAUCAAAUCCUAUCAUUCAAUCAUAUUUUAGGCCAGAGAUAGUUAUUAUCAUCAAAAACUUGUGGAAUAAAGUCAGAAACACCUCAAGGAGCCCGGACAGGAAUCUUAACUAUAUCGCUAACUAAUUAUUUUGUGAUAACCUUUUGUGUUUAGUUAUUCUAUAUUAGUUUCUAUUGGCCAUGUUGUCAAAAUACUAAGUAGUGUUGAUUUUUAAAUAUUAAAAUACCAUUAUGUCUAUUUAAGAAACAAAAUAAUCUUUUUUGGAUCAGUAUUUGAAAUCAAUAUCAUCCUUAGGAAAUAAUGUAGUAAAAUGUAACUUUAGAACAUUAUCAUUAUACUUUAACUGUGUGUAAUCAUAAUUUUAGUGAGCUAUAGUGAAUAAUAUGUGAUUUUUAUUUUAUACUAGAUUGAUGAUCAUGGCUUAGUAAAUUUUCAUCCCCUUGAUGUCAGAGUUGAUGAGUCUUUGGAGACGUUAUUAUUAUACAUUGACAAUGCCAUACAAUACGGAGAAGAUAUUGAUGUAAAAGUACCAAAACUGGAAGAUGAUGAUAACGAAGAUAGUUGACAAUAACAAUGAUUAAAUGAUAUUAUUAUUAUUAUGACUAAAUAACGCAACACAGUUAAAUGAAACUCCA